GGAGGAGGAGGAAUCAAUUAACUGAGAGCUAAAGAGCGUGGAGGGGCGUGGCCAAAAAUGAAAAAUGACCACUGCCAACAAGACUCCCCCUGGUGCAGAUCCGAAACAGCUGGAAAGGACAGGAACCGUUCGAGAAAUAGGUUCACAAGCUGUUUGGUCUCUUUCAUCUUGUAAACCGGGAUUUGGGGUGGACCAAUUACGAGAUGAUAAUCUAGAAACAUACUGGCAGUCUGAUGGAUCACAGCCUCAUUUGGUCAACAUCCAAUUCAGAAGAAAAACUACCGUGAAAACAUUAUGCAUUUAUGCAGAUUAUAAAUCUGAUGAAAGUUACACUCCAAGCAAAAUCUCUGUGAGAGUAGGAAACAACUUUCACAAUCUUCAGGAAAUUCGGCAACUUGAAUUAGUGGAGCCAAGUGGUUGGAUUCAUGUUCCCUUAACUGACACUCAUAAGAAACCUAUUCGCACAUUUAUGAUUCAGAUUGCAGUUUUAGCCAAUCAUCAGAAUGGAAGAGAUACACAUAUGCGACAAAUUAAGGUUUACACACCAGUUGAAGAAAGUUCUAUUGGUAAAUUUCCUAGAUGUACAACAAUUGAUUUCAUGAUGUAUCGCUCAGUCAGGUAAAAAGAUUUUUGUACUUUAAUUAUCCUAAUGCAUUUUAACCUAAUUUCAAAAUAAAGAUUUAAA